ACCCCCAGACAUUUUCUUCCUCACCCCUGGGAGAAGAGCUGGCUGAAUGGCAGCUGUGGAUGACUUGCAGUUUGAAGAAUUCGGUGAUGGAGCCACACUGCUAGCAGCAAACCCAGAUGCUACCACGAUAAACAUCGAGGACCCCAGUAUAUCUUUCAAACACCAGCCCAGACCUCCUGGGAGCUUGGGGAGAGAAGAGGAUGAGGAGCUGCUGGGAACCAAUGACUCUGAUGAGACCGAGUUACUUGCCGGUCAGAAGAAAAGCUCUCCCUUCUGGACAUUCGAGUACUAUCAGACAUUCUUUGAUGUGGACACUUACCAGGUCUUUGACAGAAUAAAAGGGUCUCUGCUGCCGGUUCCUGGAAAGAACUUCGUGAGGCUGUACAUCCGCAGUAACCCCGACCUCUAUGGCCCCUUUUGGAUAUGUGCCACUUUGGUCUUUGCCAUCGCAAUCAGUGGGAACCUUUCUAACUUCCUAAUCCAUCUGGGAGAGAAGACAUACCAUUAUGUGCCUGAAUUCCAGAAAGUGUCCAUCGCGGCGACUGUCAUCUACGCCUACGCCUGGCUGGUCCCCCUGGCCCUCUGGGGCUUCCUCCUGUGGAGAAACAGCAAAGUGAUGAACAUCGUUUCCUAUUCAUUUCUGGAGAUCGUGUGUGUCUACGGCUACUCGCUCUUCAUUUAUAUCCCCACAGCAGUACUGUGGAUCAUUCCCCAGAGAGUCGUUCGCUGGGUCCUUGUCACGAUUGCCCUGGGCAUCUCAGGGUCCGUGUUGGCAAUGACAUUUUGGCCAGCUGUUCGUGAGGAUAACCGGCGUGUUGCCUUGGCCACCAUUGUGACAAUCAUGUUGCUUCAUGUGCUGCUCUCUGUGGGCUGCUUGGCUUACUUCUUUGACGCUCCAGAGAUGGACCAUCUCCCAGCAGCCAUAACCACUCCCAACCAGACAGUAGCAGCAGCCAAAUCCAGCUAAUGGGGAAAGCAGGUCGUGCCAGAUAACUGUUGGGAAGGUGCGGCUCUUCUGGACACAGCAUCCACUGUUGGAAAGCAGAAGGCCAGCAUCAGCAGGAAACCGAUUGUCAUCGCACUGAAGCCUCAUCACCUAUUAACAAGAAUUAAUUGUUAGUCUGGGGUGUCAGGCACAUGAUGGAACACUUGCCUCACAUACAUGAGGCCCUGAAAGUAAAAUGCACCGAUGAUGCUUGG